AGGGUGGAGGCGGGCAUCUUUUUGGGUGAUGCAUCUUUCCGUUGUGGGACUUGGCAUAAGCGGGGACUGGAGAAGUUCAUGUGAACUGCUGUCUGAACUGUUUUUAAGGUGUUACAUGACGAACAAAGACGCUUAUAAACGUUCAGACCUUCAGGUGUGUUUGCCCAAGGGUCUCACAUGCUGCUCACGGAAGAUGGAAGAGCGGUACCAGGUUGCAGCCAAACAGAACAUGGAGUCAAGCCUUCAGGCCUCAAGCACUGAGCUCAAGUUUCUGAUCAUUCAAAAUGCAGCACUCUUCCAGGAGGCUUUUGAUAUGGUGAUUCGCCAUGCCCGCAACUACACAAACCUGAUGUUUCGGAGCAAUUUCCGUGAACUUGUGGGGGAAGCCUCCAACCCCGUUGGCGAGCUGUUUACAGAUAUGUCUCUCUACAUCCUGGGCUCAGACACGAACGUGGACGACAUGGUCAACUCCUUCUUCGACAAUCUUUUUCCUUUAGUGUACCACAGGCUUCUCAACCCGAUGAAAAAGGGCUCUCGAGGACCAGAGUUCUCAAUGGAGUGCCUGCGCACCUUAUGGAGAGAGGUGGGGGCAUUUGGGCCCUUUCCCAAGGUGAUUAUGACAAGGCUGUCCCACUCACUGCUUGCCACUCGAGUCUUUGUGCAGGCACUCAACCUGGGAAUCGAGAUUAUAAACACCACUGAUCAUCUGAAGUUUGGCAAGGAAUGUGGACGUGCUCUGCUGAAACUGUGGUACUGCCCUGGCUGUCAGGGCCUCCUUUUGGCCAAACCAUGUGUGGGUUACUGCCAACUUGUCAUGCAUGCUUGCUUGAAUCAUGUGACUGAGGUGCACCAGUACUGGCAGGAAUACAUCAAUGGGCUGGGAGCAGUGGCCAGUGGGAUGCAGGGCAUUUAUGAUGCAGAGAAUGUGCUGCUCAAAAUGUACACACUGAUCAGGGAUGCUGUACUCCAUGCUAACAGGAACCGACUCCGACUGUCUACUGUGGUCAGCAAUGUGUGUGGCAAUGCUCCUCAGAGGUUGGUCCGUUCUGCCCACAUACCAGUGACACGGCCAGUGGAGGAACCACGUAGAAUCAAGAAUGCCCCCAUUGACCCAAAAGAAACCCUGUCUGGGAGGAGAAGGGAGUUCAUUAUCAGCUUGCGAAGUUUUAGCAAUUUCUACAGCACCCUUCCUGAGACGUUAUGCAACCACGAGUCGGUCAUGCAAAAUAACUCCUACUGCUGGAAUGGUCAAGAGAUGACAGAAAGAUUUGUUUCACCGGGAGUAAAGAAACCACAGAUCCACAAUCCAGAGGGGAAGAACAAAAUUCCAGAGCCUGUUGUCAGCCAGAUAAUCGACAAACUGAAACACAUCAACAAGGUACUGGUGGGCAGCUUAGCUCAGUAUGCCUCAGUGGAAUAUCCAUGGCUGUCUUGUCAGUGUUUUAACAUUAUUACUUCAGCAGGUUAG